CUGUAGCCUGUAUGAAAAAAGCAAGGGGAUGGAGAUUUCAGCAGCGAGACCACCACAGAGAAGUAGAUAGAGAAGCAGUAGAGAUGGACGAGCAGACGAGGCUGAUGCACUCUCACACGGGGGUAGGCAUGGCAGGGCACCCCGGCCUGCCGCAGCAUAUGCAGGAAGGCACCGGAGGAACGGACGGCGACGGAAGAAAACAGGACAUUGGAGACAUUUUACAGCAAAUUAUGACCAUCACGGAUCAAAGUCUGGACGAAGCCCAAGCCAGGAAACAUGCACUGAACUGUCACAGAAUGAAGCCAGCUCUUUUCAAUGUCUUGUGUGAAAUCAAAGAAAAAACAGUGCUCAGUAUCCGCGGCGCCCAGGAGGAGGAGCCUCCGGAUCCGCAGCUCAUGCGCCUGGACAACAUGCUGCUGGCAGAGGGCGUAUCCGGUCCGGAAAAAGGCGGAGGUUCGGCGGCAGCAGCAGCUGCAGCAGCAGCCUCAGGAGGAGUGGGGGCGGACAACUCCGCAGAGCACUCUGACUACAGGGCCAAACUGACCCAGAUCAGACAGAUCUACCAUACAGAGCUGGAGAAGUACGAACAGGCAUGUAACGAGUUCACCACCCACGUGAUGAACCUGUUGCGUGAGCAGUCACGCACGCGGCCAAUUUCGCCCAAAGAGAUCGAGCGUAUGGUGAACAUCAUCCACCGCAAGUUCAGCUCCAUCCAGAUGCAGCUUAAGCAGAGCACCUGCGAGGCUGUCAUGAUCCUGCGCUCCCGCUUCCUCGAUGCCAGACGGAAAAGACGAAACUUCAACAAGCAGGCAACAGAGAUCCUGAAUGAGUAUUUUUACUCACACCUCAGUAACCCCUACCCCAGCGAGGAGGCUAAAGAAGAGCUGGCAAAGAAGUGUGCCAUCACAGUUGCCCAGGUUUCCAACUGGUUUGGGAAUAAAAGAAUCAGAUACAAGAAAAACAUUGGUAAGUUCCAAGAAGAAGCCAACAUGUACGCUGCGAGAACUGCCGUGAAUGCGGCUAAUGCAUCCUCACAUGGAAGCCAAGCAAAUUCACCCUCAACUCCAAACUCUGCAGGUUCUGCUGGCUCUUUUAACAUGUCAAACUCCGGGGACUUGUUCAUGAGUGUGCAGUCUCUCAAUGGGGACUCGUACCAGGGGGCUCAGGUGGGAGCCAACGUGCAGUCACAGGUGGAUACCCUUCGCCAUGUUAUCAGUCAGACAGGAGGAUACAGUGAAGGACUCACAGCCAACCAGAUGUACAGUCCGCAGGGCAUCAAUGCAAACGGUGGCUGGCAGGAUGCUCCGACCCCCUCAUCAGUGACUUCACCCACAGAAGGACCCGGAAGCGUUCACUCUGACACCUCCAACUGAUCCUCGACCCCCCGUCACUCCGCCAUCCUCUGCUUCCAACUUCUUCCACUACUACACCCCCAACCACAUCUCCCAAAACCUAAGGUCAAACCACAUCGGGACUACACGUGCAGGAAACAGUUGGGAUAGGGGAUGACAUUUACGGACAAAUAUUUAACUUUUCCUAUCUGGACUACUGCAGCACUGUUAGCAGCCUGCAUAGGGGACUCAUAUUCACACUUCCACAGUUUGUACAGUUUCCACUUGAUGUCCAUGUUGCCUCUUUGUAUUUCUCUUACAUUAUAUAUUCACACAGUAGGCACACAGUUAGCAGCAUAAUGCCCCACGUCUUGUAAAUUGAAAUGCUUCCACACUACCUCUAUUCGAAAUAACAACAGAGAAAACAUAAUUUCAAAUGCUUCGUUUUUACAAAUUUUUAUAAUUAUUGGAAUUUUAUUGUACAUCACAUCAUGCCCUGUCAUAACACCUCUGUGCUCACACAUUAUGUUUAUCUAUUGUGCCAAAGUUCAACCCUGGAGGUGAAUUUUGAUUCAGACACAGAACAAUUGACCUGAAACACUAAAUCAAUGACGACAUUAGCAGCAAUUACGGCACGUCAAUAUGUAUUAAAGCACAAUAACACCUAAUGAUUGAACUCAAAAGGUAACAUUUGUAAAUGUCGAAGCAAAAACAAUUUUUUGGAUUUAACUAUAGGAGUCAUAUAAGAAAGAGAGUGUACAUGAUCAGACAUAGUCAGUGUGUAUCAGUGAGAUAAAUAUAGCCAAAUACUGCUGAUAACCAAAUCCAAAACAAAAAUUGUAAUUCAGAUUUUAAGGUACCAUGUUGUUGGGAUUGGACACAUUGCAUGUAUUUUCUCUGAAUUCCUGUUUCUUUCGUGAAAUUAUAUUUGUGUGAUAAUCCUGAAAGCAUGAUGUAACAUUUUGUGCACAGAUUACAGAAAAUUAUAUUAGAUGCUCAAAUUAAAUAAUUCGUUACAUGAUAGAAUUUCUUUACUUUUUCUUUUUUUUCUUUUAAAAAUGCAGGCAAAACAAUAAUUUUCUGUGCUCAAAAUGUCCCAUUGAAUGCUUGGGAUUGUGGCAUAAAUAUAAUUCUAUAUACAGUCCGUGCUGAAAGAAACUUGAGGUUACUUAUCCCUUAACCCCUGUUCUCUGAUAACAUUAGGCAGAAUCUUUGAAAGAGAACUAGUGUUUGUAUUCUCAGUAUUCAAGAGUCCCAUCACUUUUUGUUUUGUUUUAAAAUGAAUAAAAACACCACAUCGAUCAACACAAACCAAUUCAAAAUGGGAAAUUAAAUAUGUGACCUUUGUCAUAUGUACAGUAUAGUAUGUGGUCCAACAUGUAUACAUGAUUACAAUAGUCCUCAUGAGAUAUCAGCAUUUACAUAUUUUGAUACCAAAAAAAGGCAGAAUUUGUAUCCUCUACAUUGGGAUCAGCUUUAUUGAUGUUUUCUUUUUCCUCUUCUUGUAGGAUUUUAUUAUCUACGGUAUUAGUGAGCAUCCAAUAAUGCUCUAGUACUCUGUAUUCAAAGCCAAAAAAUGCAGUUGGAAUACAGUAGUGUUUAUAUAAAUUUAAAUUUAAACGGAAAUUAAUACCCUGAUGGCACACAAAUCCAGAUAAUAUCUGGAUAUAUUUUUGUCUCCAUUUUGUGAAUAACUCUUUUUUUUGUUUUCACUGGAUAUUAUUUUGCCUUGCUACAGGGCUGUUUCUUUUGUAUGCUAUGCUACUUAUAUGUGAAUUAGCCCAAGAAUGCUCUAUAUACAGUAUGUAGAUAUGCACCUUUACUCUUUUUUUGCAUCUUUGAAAUUUACACAGUAGCCAUUUUAACACAGCCUGAUGGAGUUCCUGUUGGAUUUAAGGUGAAGUCCUUAUUAUAUUUUGUGCUCAGACCACCAAAACAAGCCUGUUUCCAAGAUGGCUACUGUCUGAAUGAAGGUGACGUGAAAGGUUGUGAACAUUGCCUUCUGGCAUUGUUUUUAGCUUAACUGAACACUUACGGAAAACAAAAUUCAGUCCUGAAAUACCAAUCAGCCACAAUACAGCCUGAAAACCACAGGAUUUUUCAACAGUUGUCAGUGUGUUUGUAUUUAUUACACAUGUAUGAAAUCAUGGUUGUUUCAGAGCUACUGUCUUGAGGUCAACCACAGCAUGAUUACACCAAACAAACUAAUUUGGAUCAUUGAGAGUGGCUCCUCCUCGACUUACCUGUUCAGUAUUACAGUCUAGGGGCCGAGAACCGUUGUGAUACAUAGAACCUCGACUUCAGUCGUGUCUUCUGAAGUCAUUGGAGUGAAUUGACAGCACCAGCCAUGCAAGGCAAACACAAGGAUUGUUUUUGCACCCCUUGAAAAAACAGCUUAACUGUACUUUUCACAUUGCCUGUCAAAUAUUAUCAAAGCUUCAUGUAAUGAUGCUUUUUAGUUUUUGAAUAUAAAAAGAGACAUGAAAAGAAAAAUGGACGAUUUGUAAAACAUAAAAUGUUUUAUUUGUUGCAUGUCUUUUUUUCUCAAUAAAAUAACGUACUGCAGUGUUUUGAAUGUUAACUUCUUUUUUAUAAGGAUUUCAGAGUGAAAUCGUAGAGCCUUUUUCUUGACCGGUUUUACCUUUUAAGAUCUCUGCGUAUGUAAAAAGGUAUCGAAUGAAAAACUAUUGUCUUUUUAAUUCCAAUUCAAAACCCGUUUUCUGUGGAGAAAAAUAGCUGAAAGGUGUAGGUUUUAUGGUCUCUUAAUUUGUACUGGCAAUGCGGAUCUCAAAUAAAUAGUUUCUUUUGUUGCAUAAA